UUAAUUUGACAAAAACCAACAACUUUUGACAAUUUUGCUUGUGUUUCUUUACUGUAAGCUAGAUCAUGGACUCUGCUAAAGAAAACAUGACACUCCCAUCUCAUGUGCUUGCAAAUGGUGAUACUUCACUUGAUUCUGGGCAUGCCCGUCUUGUUGAACUUGGUUACAAACAAGAGCUCAAGCGUGAUCUUUCGGUCAUUGCAAAUUUCUCCCUUUCAUUCUCUAUUUUAUCAGUGCUUACUGGAGUAACCACCCUUUACAACACCGGGUUGAACUAUGGUGGAACUGUUUCUUUCGUGUAUGGCUGGCUUCUAGCUUCUGCAUUCACCAUGCUUGUUGCACUGUCAAUGGCUGAGAUUUGCUCAUCUUAUCCAACAUCUGGUGGUCUUUACUAUUGGAGUGCCAAGCUUGCUGGCCCUGAAUGGGCACCUUUUGCUUCCUGGAUUACUGGCUGGUUCAACAUUGUUGGCCAGUGGGCAGGGACUACAAGUGUAGAUUUUUCACUUGCACAACUAAUUCAGGUUAUCAUUCUUCUCAGCACUGGUGGGAAAAAUGGUGGUGGAUACAUGGCUUCUAAAUAUGUAGUUAUUGCUAUCCAUGGUGGGAUUUUGAUCCUGCAUGGUAUAAUAAACAGUCUUCCUAUUUCUGUGAUAUCAUUCUUAGGACAGUUGGGUGCUAUCUGGAAUGCUUUAGGUGUUUUUGUACUUAUGAUUCUGAUUCCAUCUGUUGCAACUGAAAGGGCCAGUGCCAAGUUUGUUUUUACUCAUUUCAAUGCUGCUAAUGGGGAUGGAAUCCACAGCAGACCCUAUAUCUUUCUCUUGGGACUUCUAAUGAGUCAGUAUACACUUGCUGGGUAUGAUGCAUCAGCUCAUAUGACAGAGGAAACCAAGGGUGCUGAUAGAAAUGGAGCAAAAGGAAUUAUCAGCUCUGUUGGGAUAUCUAUUAUUGUUGGAUGGGGUUAUAUACUAGGCAUUACCUUUGCAGUCACUGACAUCCCUUACCUUUUGAGUGAAAAUAAUGAUGCUGGUGGGUAUGCUAUUGCUCAAAUGUUUUAUCUGGCAUUCCAGAGAAGAUAUGGUAAUGGAAUUGGGGGUAUUAUUUGUUUGGCAAUAGUUGCUGUUGCCAUAUUUUUCUGUGGCAUGGGUUUAGUUACCAGCAAUUCAAGGAUGGCUUAUGCUUUCUCAAGAGAUGGGGCCAUGCCUCUAUCAUCAUUAUGGCAUAAAGUUAACAAGCAAGAGGUCCCCGUAUAUGCAGUUUGGCUUUCCGUUUUCAUAUCAUUUUGCAUGGCACUAACGUCUCUUGUAAGCAUGGUGGCAUUUCAAGCUAUGGUCUCCAUAUCAGUGAUUGUCCUCUACAUUGCUUAUGGCCUUCCUAUAUUCUUCAGGGUGACCUUGGCACAAAAGCGAUUUGUCCCAGGACCUUUCAACUUGGGUAGUUAUGGGGUCAUUGUUGGGUGGAUUGCGGUUCUUUGGGUGGUGACCAUCUCCAUCCUCUUCUCAUUGCCUGUUUCUUACCCAGUAACCAUUGAGACGCUUAACUACACCCCAAUUGCCCUUGGAUGUUUGCUCAUUCUUGUGAUUUCUCACUGGAUCAUGAGUGGUCGCCAUUGGUUUAAAGGCCCUAUAACCAAUGUAAAGAACUGAAGUUGUGUACACAUAUAUUAGUAAACUUAGUCUAUAUUCGCCUA